GUUGACAACAAUCCGAAAGUGCAAGCAAGCAGAAAAUGCAAACGUGACAUACUAGAAUCAUAUUUGUUGACAAUUAAAUAAAAUAGUGAUCGGAAAUGUUUAAAUUCAAACUUAAGCCUAAUGUAUAAAUUUUAUUAUGUUCAGUAGGUAAAUUAUUUAUUUAGAAAAAAUGUCACAAAAAGAAAUCUUAUCACCAGAAGAAAUUAUCGCUGAGGUUAGGAAAUUUAUACCAGAAUCGGUGAAAAAAUGUCAACGCACAAAUAUUCAGAGAGUGACAAAAGGUGCAUUGACUCUGUUGAAAAAUCUUCCUGGUGCUCGUGAUGCUAUUCUUGAGUAUGCAGGAAAAGUAUUUUUUUUCGCUGUUAAUCGUCAAAUUCGUCACAUAGAGAGCUACCCAGGCUCUUUAAUUCCAAAUGAAGUAACAAUGGAUGUGACAGUACCGGAUAUUCACAAAGCUUUGACUGAUAUCGUCACUGAAAACCCUCAAGCAUGGGCUCCACUUAUUGCCAGUUGGUCUCUAGAUCUUAUGGGUAAAAUAUCUUGGAAUUUUGCCAAACGUGGUCUGCCUCAAGAUGCAACAAUAAAUGACUACCUGAGACAUUGGUUAUCAUUUAGAACAACAAGAAUUCUUGUUGAUCUAUCAUCAAAAUGUCUCAAUUAUCUCUCAGAUGUUGAGUCAGUCUCAUGCAUCAACGUUUUUACUGAGGGAAUUGCUAUUUACCACCCUUAUUUUGACUGGGUCGCAGCUCACGUUAGUGGCAUUUUUCCUAGUCUUAUCAUCAACCAAGUACUUCAAUCGGGUCUCAAGGAUUUUUCUAUUACUGGACUUCAAAAUCAUCCUCAAAAUACCAUGUUGAACUCGGUUGUUGGAAUUUUAGAGAAUAUAGCAGGCAGUAAUUUUCAAGAUAUUCGAGAUGCUCUAUUGAGUUUAUUCAAAUUUAGUUUGGAUGAAAAUAUAAAUGAUGAUGAAUCAAUGAGAAAACAAAAAGUGUCAACAGUACCAUUUCUUUUGAAAUUAGCAUCAGUCUCGCAACUAUUGCUUGAAAUCAUCACCACCGUAGUCCUUCAAACUCUUUUUCCAGUAAGACCAGAUGUCAUACCUCGUCUAGCUGUAUUUGCUUCAGAUUGGUGUUAUUAUUUUGAAAACAAGCCAGAAAUAUUAAUUGAUUUGACAGUACGUUUGGCAUUAUCAUGUAAACAUGGUGCUUGGCAGAUAAUAAAUAUUUUACUCGACACUACUUUAAAUACCAGUAAUGUUGGCUAUCAUGGUGUUAAUGCAGCUUUAUCAGUUAAAAAUGUUUGUCGCGAGAUUCUUGAGAUGAUACUUUGCCAAGCUGACUUGGUAAUGCGCAUGGAGGGACCUCACAAUACUGACAUUGCUUUAUUGACGUCAAUACAACAAGAUUUGCCACUCGUUAUACCACUGUUGCUUGAUUCUCAUCCACUGCGCGUUCAAACUGCAGCACGUCUUAUUUUAUUGCUCGGUGCCCAUACCCCAAAAGUCAUAAUAUCAUCUGCAUCAUAUGUCCUAAGAAAUGCACAAAGUAACUACCACUUAGCAGGACUUGUGCGUUUAGUAACAGAAAAUAUUGUUAUGUUUCCUAUCCUUAAACCUGAGCCAGAAAAUCCAUUCUCAGAACAUGGUUAUCUUGCUCAAGCAAUUGAACAAGCGCUCCGAGACAUACAGACCACAUCAGAAAUCAAAACAAUUGAGUCUGAACAGUUAUUUAGCAAUUUAACAAUCCUUUUGAAGUGGGAAAAUUCAAAUAAAGCGGUGAUUCUGCAAUCAAAAUUAGUAUCACGUUCAAUUUACUCAAAUUUAAACCAAGUAGCCGUUUUACUUAUGAAAAGUAAUAAUCUCAACUUCACCCAUAAUAUUGCCCAAACAUUGAGUUUUUUAAAUAUUACAGAAAACAAUUAUAUUCCAAGUGUUGAUUUAACAUUAAAACUAAUAAGAUCAGUUGUACGUUAUUUUUUUGUUUGUAUAAAAGAAAGUAAUUUAUUAAAAAAACAACGUGGUGUAAAAAUUGCUACACACUUGAUGACAUUAAUAACAUCUAAAUCAUCGUGUGCUAGAGUGCUUGCUAUCAGAGAAUUGUUAGAAAAUAGUUUAUACGGUGAACCUGCAAAGUAUUUUGGUGCCAGGGAAAAGCUGGACACUGAUACCAAAGACUAUUUGUUACUUCAGCAAAACCACAAACAUGGUACAUCAGUUAUGUUAGCACAGAGACAUUCAUCUGUAUUUCAUGCUGGUGUUAUUGGUGAAGGCCCAAGGCGAUCAGUACCACGAAAUAAUUUUGAUAACGAUAUAAUAUCUUUCAACAGUUUAUUAUUGAUGGAUGCAAUAAAGGCUUGUUGUUCAAAUGAAGAAAUAAAUAGUUAUCCAAAAUUAGAUGCAAUGAGUCUGCUUUUAGUUGAACUUGUAUCACCAGAUGUCAUGUACAAUGGUUUACCCUGGCCCGAUGAAGAAUUUAUCAAGGUUACAGUUGAACGAGACCUGCAGAUUCGUCGCACGUUUAAAGAUAUACCUCUUCUUUGGAGUCUUUUAGAGCUGACAGCGAGACACAGGCCUGCCUUAGCAUAUUCUUCAGUUUUGCUGCGUGGAAUUGCGGCCACUGUUAUGGCCAAUUGGAACACGAAUGAAGGCACACUGCUUGUUAAAAUGAUGGCACUUGGACAACUAUUACCACCACCUCUCAAUUGUCUACGUGAUGUUUUACCAAUUCUAACACCAAGCCAAAUUAAUACUGUUAUGAAAGAGUGUGUAUGGGCAUAUAUGCACGAAAAUGUACCAUCACCAGCACUAUUUACUCUUAUCGAGGGUGCAAGUAUUGCUUGGCGAGACACUGACACUUCAUUACCCAAUUCAAGAUUCACUGAUACACUUAGACUAAUUUUACUUGCAAACAUCGAUAAAACAGGUGCACUUUAUUGCACUCUAUUUUAUAAAGAAAAAAAAAAAGAUGCCACAUAAAUUUGUAUACUUGUCAAUAUCAUCUAAUUUUUCAUGCAAUUGUUCAAAAUAAAACGUUAAAUUUUUUUAA